AUGAUUGAUUUGGGAGGUGAAGCUAGUGCAAUUUCGGAAUCAGCAAUUCAAACACUGGGUUUGAAUAAAACAAGAUGCCUCAUCAAUGUGGAUCAUCUGGAUCACGUCCAAUCAAAGAGUAAUGGUGUUACCAGCUUCCAGAUUCAUUCCACGAAUUCAUCAUUCACGACUGAAGUUCAUGCUUUAGUUCUCAAAUCGUUGAUUCAUCGACUUCCAUCGAAAGAAAUCUUCUUUUCGAAUUGGUGGCACAUCAAGAAUCUACCACUCGCCGAUCCAAAUUUCAAUCAAACCGGCCCAAUUGACAUCAUUUUGGGAGCGGAGAUUUAUGGCGAAAUUGUUCUCAGCGAAGUCAUGAAAGGUCCCCAGGGAACGCCAACUGCACAAAAAACUGAGUUGGGAUGGAUUCUCUUCGGAAAAGCUUACAACAACGAUUAUCAGUCAGUUUCAAUGAACACAGUCCAAGUUGGUGAACUUCUACAAAAAUUCUUUGAAAUCGAAGAGAUUUCGGAAGAAAGAAUACACAGCCAUGAAGAUCAAUACGUGAUUGAUUUCUUCAAUAAAAACUAUCGGAGAGACGAGGAAGGCCGUUUCAUCGUGAAAUUUCCAUUUCGCACACCACUGCAUCCAGAAGCUGUUUUGGGAAAAUCGAGAGAAAAUGCGCUAAAACAAUUUCUACAAUUGGAAAGAAAAUUUGCGUACAACCCAAAGUUCAAAGAAGAAUACGCAAAAAACAUCAAUGAUUACUUGGUUCAAGGUCACAUGCAUGAACUUUUCGAUACAGAAUCGGACCGUUUAUAUUACACCGAAGACGAUCGUGCUGCUUAUGACUGUUUCUAUCUGCCACAUCAUGCCGUUAUCAAAGAAACCAGCACUUCAACUCGUUUGCGUCCAGUCUACAAUGCCGCAAAAAUAACUUCAAACGGCAAUUCGUUGAACUCAGUGCUUUUCACCGGACCAAUGCUUCUCAACGAUUUAGUAUCGAUUUUACUGAAUUGGGGAUUUCAUCGAGUAGCUUUCAUUGGUGAUAUUCAACAAAUGUAUCGCCAAAUUCGUGUUGCUGAAUGCGAUAUAACUUAUCAACGAAUUCUUUGGAGAGACAAUCCGUCUGAAAAAUUGCGAGAGUAUGGUAUCAGCCGACUGGGAUUUGGCACAAAUUAUGCACCUUGUGGAGCGAAUCAGUGUGUCAAAAAACUUGCUGAACUGAAUAGCAAUGAAUUUCCACAAGUUGCGGAAGUGAUGAAAAGAGAUAUCUACAUGGAUGACGCCAUCACCGGUUCCCACAACGUUAGUAGCGGUCUCCAAAUUCAACGAGAUUUGAUACAUAUUUUCGAUUCUGCUGGUUUCUGUAUCAAAAAGUGGGCAAGUAAUUCGGAGGAAAUUUUAGCGGCGGUUCCAGAGUCUGAUCGAGAAAUUAGCAUACCAUUUUUCAUCAAUCCGGAUAAGAAAAUCAAAACGCUUGGUAUCUUUUGGAAUACCUCUUCGGACACUUUGAAUUUCAACAUUAGUUAUGAGGACAAAGAGAUCGUAACGAAACAAUUCGUCUUAUCAACAAUCGCUCGCAUUUACGAUCCUCUCGGCUUGGUAUCACCGAUCACUGUGAAAACCAAGAUCUUCAUGAAAUCAUUGUGGUCAUUAAAUCUUGAUUGGCACGACCCUUUGCCAACAAAAACACUUCGCGAAUGGAAGGAAUUCAUCGGCAAGCUGCCUUUACUUUCUUCAAUCAAAAUACCGCGUUGGAUUGGAGCAUCCCCGAUUUGUUCAUCAUUUCAAUUACAUGGUUUUUCGGAUGCCUCAACUGAAGCGUAUGGUGCUGGUAUUUAUCUACGUUGUAUCGAUGAAAACGGAGAAAUUCACUCAAAAAUCAUUGUCUCGAAAUCAAGGGUUUCUCCGAUCAAAAUUCAAACAAUUCCACGUUUGGAAUUAUCGGCUGCUUUGAUACUGGCGAAACUUGUCAAGUAUACACAAAAAUCUAUUCGUCAUCAAAGUUUUAACGCUUCGAAUGUAUUCCUUUGGUGUGAUUCACAAGUCGUACUUCAUUGGCUGAAAGGUGAUGCGAGAAAAUGGAAAAUCUUUGUCGCAAAUCGUAUCACAAAAAUUCUUCAGACAACCGAAUCACAUCAAUGGAGAUAUGUUUCAACUAAGGAAAAUCCAGCUGAUUUGUUAUCAAGGGGAUUGUUUCCAUCAGAGCUUGAAAACAACGAACUUUGGUUCUCGGGACCAGCUUGGUUGAGAUCGCCCGAAAAUACCUGGCCCUCUAAUACAAAAACGGAGAAGGAAGCGGUGGGAGAAAUCGAAUUGGCUGAUGAGUUGAAACCUAUCAAAAUCAAUGUUGUCAACGUAGUUUCAACUCCAACUCAAUAUCUUCUCGAUUAUUGUGCUGAAUUAGUUCAAUUAUUGAGAUAUACUGCUUGGUUCCGUCGAUUUUUUCAAUAUUUGAAAGCCAAACAAGAGGUUAAAAGGGGAUCGCUUAGCGUUACUGAACUGAAUAAUGCUAAUCUUCGUUGGAUUUCCUUUGUGCAAAAGGAAAAUUUUGGAAACAUAGCGCUACUUGUUCAAAGUCAAAGCAAAGUUAAACAUCCGCUUUCGAAAAUGAAUCCAUUUUUGGAUGAAAAUGAAUUACUGCGUGUUGGUGGACGAUUAAGCUUUUCGGAAGCCAGUUAUGACCAAAAACACCCGUUCAUUCUGCCGAAAGAAAGUCAUUUCAGCAAAUUGGUUAUCCAACAUCAUCAUCAACUUGCAUUGCAUGCCGGCGUACAACUCACCUUGGCUGAAAUUAGACAGAAAUAUUGGAUACUCGGCGGAAGAAAUCCAGUUCGAUCAGUAAUAACCAACUGCGUCACAUGCUUUCGAAACAAGCCUAAAACAGCGAGCCAGUUAAUGUCCAACUUACCGGCUGUCCGUGUUACACCAUGUCAACGGCCUUUUCUACACACGGGAGUUGAUUUGUGUGGACCCGUUUUGCUGAGAACUUCAAAGAAGCCAGGUAGCAGAAUUUACAAAGGAUACGUGGUUUUAUUGUGUGCAUGA